GGAUUUUGCGAGCAAAAGUGUUUCAACCGUUGGUGCAUUUCAGUCGGAAACUCGAGCAAGUGAUUCGUUCCAAACGAUCAGUGAAUAAGAGUUAGCAACGAAGUAACAAUGACCGUCAACGAGAAAACCCAUCUGCUGUCGAAGAUGCACCAGAAGCCUCUCGUGAUACCAAUUCCGCAGGAGGAUCUAAACAACAACAACGCCGUUGGGCUUACAUGUGAAUAUGACUCGUACGCCCUUUCGAGAGAUGAGCUGGCGAAGUACAUUGUCGACCCGUUCUGGACCCGCGUGCGAUACUUGUGCUUCUCCGCCUACUGGCUGCUUUGCAUUGUGGCCCUGAUCAUUUCCUGUUGCAUUGCCUUCUCCGCCCUGGACCACGGAUUCUGUGAAGCAGGUCUCAACGGCGACAACAACAGAUUGCCCACGAAUAACUUGACGACGACGGUUUUACAGAUCAGCACCACUACAGGAGCACCCACGACGAUCGAUGCUGGCGAUAGUUCGGGAGUUAUGCUACGCAUGCUAAACAAGCCGAUCUGAGCCCCCCCAGAAAUAGGAAGCUCACUCCAACCAACCAAAGAAGAAAGCCCUAUGCUGUGAUCUGACGUAACCUCUGCAUCCGGAACGGAUGCGUCGGGACCCAAUAUGCCAAUUAAGCGAUUUAUUUAUUCUUGUACUAUUGCGUCACCAUCGCCGCGUGACAUUCAUGACCGUCAACCCAUCUGUAGAUAUUUCGCUCCCCAUCGUGUAGAAUACUUUAUCAGCCCAGGAAACAAAUCAGGAGAUGAUAGCACAGGGGCGCGCAUCGCAUCGCGAGCGCGCCGGAUAGAGACGCGCACUCUCGUAGGAAGAAGGAAAGCACUAAUUGAUUAUGCACGAUUAAGAUUAAGUUGCGUUGCAAAGGAAACGGACUGAUGUAACCCGCGAGAAAAUUUCCUAAGGCUUGUUUUGUCAAGCGGGCUAAUCGUCAGCUAGUAAACAAUUUUAACCAACUACGAUAACCUCUAUUGUGUAACAAAAUAAAGUUUUGAUUGACGAA